AUGGUAAACAUGACCUUUUUUGGUGUUCUGUUGUUCGUCUUUCUCGCAGCCGCGCAGGCGAGUGGGGGUGAGACGGCCCACGAGGUCCCGGACAAAGUCGCUGUACACUACACAAAGGAUGAUCCUCUGUUCCGGCUGCUGCCGGAUCCGGAUGACCUGGCUCGAGUUGCAACAGGAGGGAGUCCAAAAGAAAUACAACAAUUCAAGCAAUUAUAUGACUCAGCACUAGAACUAUUCGAUAUCGAGGGAUACAACUGGCUCAUGAACAAAGUUAUGGAUGAGGGUCAAUCCUUGCGGUUUACGCAAGCGCUGGCCAAGACUGAUAUAUCUCAGCCCCACUGCGACAAGGGAGAAAAUACACAUGCAGAACCCGUCGAGCGCCAAGCUGAGUUCCCAGGAGGCCCAGCCCGGAACGCAUUUGGCUUCGAUCUCACGAAAUGGAUGACGGGACUACUGGGCAGAGCACAGUCGGAAGCUGGGUCAAAAGUUCCUGCCCUUAGCACUAUGUCCAUGAUGUCCAUGACGAUGCUAAAAGGACUCAUCCAGUCCGUUGCUGCAGCUGUUAUCGAUGUGGUACCUCCCUUUAUUCCUCCCCCUGUAUGGAUACUCCGGCCGUUACCUUGUCUUCCAAUGCUGACUGGCGCGAAUUGCCUCGGAUCUGUGCUUUAUCCAAUCACCAUGUCCGAAUUUACAACGGCAGACGUCAGCGACUCCGUCAUGAAUGGUGUCAUAGGAAGCUUCCCAGCGAAAUAUCAAAGCAAAGUUGGAAAGACAAGCGAAGCACAGUACCGCAUAUGCGCUAGUGCUUACCUUGGGAUGUAUUGGCAAGUCUCUUCGCUGAUGGAAUUACAACGCAUGACCCUGUAUACACCUCGCUCAGCGCUAGUAUAUUCCCCAUUUGCUGGAUGCCUUUGGGUAAGCGACAAGAUAAAAGGAAUCCCAGAGCUUUUGCUGAUAGAGCAGGUGUAG